CUCCCUACUGCGAAGUUGCUGUCCUUGCUUCCCUCCCUAGCUUUUUGUUCCCUCCUCCUUCUAUCAUUCUUCAACUUCAGCGGUGUAGAUUCUGGUUGCUUAUUUGUAUUGUUUCUUCUCCUUACUGAUUGAAUAUGAUUAGAGGAGGUAAAAGCUAUGUGUCUGCGCCUCCUGCCUUCUCCAAUGAUGCCAGACGACUUCUGGUUUGCACAGGCAAUACCGUCUCUGUCUUCAGCACCUCCACGGGUUUACAGGUAUCGUCAUUGGAAGGACAUACGGCGCUUGUCACGUCCGUGAUAGUGGAGCCAGCUUCAAGCCCUGAUAAAAAGAUUUUAUGCAACUGUUGGACUGCUUCACUUGAUGGAACCAUUCGGAAAUGGGACUUUUCAACACCAGAAUUACUGCAGACAGUUGAUAUUCAGCUACCCAUUUUCUCCAUGGUAAUACCUUCAUAUUUAUUAAGCCAGUCAGAAGAGAUCAAUGCGAAGACACUUGAUACUUUUGCUUAUGUGUCUGUUGAAGAUAAGAAGGCAGCAAACAACCGGUCCAAAGCUCUUUGUGGACAGAUCAGGAAGUGUAAUUUAACAAAGUCCCAGAUGAGCAAACUAAUUUUGAAAGAGACUAAAAGGCCACAAUCGUUGAUCACUAGUCCUUCAGGAAAAUUUUUUGGUAUAAAAAACAAACGCAGGCUUCAUAUAUGGCAAGUUCCUACAGUGGACUCCAAUUCUAUUGCAUUAAAGAGUAUUACUUUGCAUCAUACAAAGGCCUUCUCAUGUCUUGCAUUCCACCCAGUAGAGAGAAUCGUGGCUGCAGGUGAUGAAUCUGGAAGAAUUUUAAUUUGGAGAGGAUUUGGUACACAGAAGUUUUUUGUCAGAAGUGGAAUAAUGAAUAGCAGAUCAGCUGAUGAUGAGGGAGACAAACCUGGGGUCAGGGACAAUGAUGAUGCUGAGUCAUGUUCCACUUGGCAUUGGCACCCUGCUGGGGUGAUGUUUCUCUCUUUUUCUUCAGAUGGAGCUUACUUGUAUUCCGGUGGGAAGGAAGGAGUCCUUGUGGUGUGGCAGUUGGACACAGGAAAGAAGAAAUUCUUACCAAGAAUUGGCUCUCCACUUUUGUAUUUCAUUGAUUCUCCAGAUCCUUCACUUGCCUCUAUAUCCUGUGCAGAUAAUCAGAUUCAUGUCCUGAAGAUGCCUUCCAUGGAAAUAUUGAGGUCAAUUUCAGGGAUUAAGCCCCCUCUAUCUUCUAAAGACAUAUGCGGAGGUCUUGCUGGCAGGCCUGCCUUUGACUGCAAUUCUGGGUUAGUUGCUGUACAAACAGAGAACUACACCAUCCAAUUCUACAGCUUGCUUGCUGAUCGUGGACUUUAUGAGGUUCAAGUCUGUGAAAGAAACCAUCAGCCAGGUGAUGAAGUCACGGUGGUAGUGGCCUUGGUGGAGCUCUCUCUUGAUGGUACUGUGAUGGGAACUGUUGAGGUUAAGCUCCCUGAAGAAGAUAUAGGAGGUCUAAUUUGUUUGAAGUUCUGGGAAUUGGAUUCAGAUGACAAAAUAUUUACUGUGUCCACCCUUAUUUAUGAACCUCACAGGGAUGCUCAACUAUCUGCUAUUGCUUUCCAUCCUACCCGUCACAUGGCUGUCAGCUCAUCUUAUGGAGGGGAUUUCAAGAUAUGGGUUAGCAAGCAUGAAACCAAGCAGAAUGACCAAAAGACUCUAAACUCUGGUUGGACAUGCCAUGCCGUUGGGUCAUAUAAGGAUAAACCAAUGACAGCAGCUGCAUUUUCAGCUGAUGGCUCCGUUCUGGCAGUUGCUGCAGAAACUGUUAUUACGUUGUGGGACCCUGAUAAAAAUACACUUGUCGCAGUUGUAGGACAAUCUCCAACGCCGAUUGUUAGCCUUACCUUUGCUGGAAAUUCAGAUUGUCUUUUGUAUGCAUCUCAUGGUUCAAAACCACGGCUGGGCGUUUUGAGUAUGUCAAAGUUAGCUGAAUGUUGGUCAUACAGGAUUCAAGUAGAAGCUGUAUCGUAUGCAAAUGAUUUAUCACUUUUUGCCAUUCUAGCUCUCCUUCCUGAAUCAAAUGAACGAACAUUUGGAGGAGAUGGAAUAAUAUUGCUAUUCAAUGCAACAGAUCCUGUUCCUGUGACUUCCUUGUCUGUAACAAAGGCCAAGGGAGGGAGGAUUGCUUUUAUCAAAGGAGAUCCGUAUUCCUUGGAACUUGAUGUACAUGAUGGAAAUCCAUCACAGACAUUGCUUGCCUAUAUAAGCGGAGAUCGUGAAUAUGUCCUCUUUGAUCCAUAUGGCAAGGAAAUUCGUGAGCUGAGCAUAACUAGGCGAGAUGACCCUUCACUUGAAGAAACAGGACAAUAUGGAUAUGCAUCUCUGUAUGGAAAGUUACCAGAGUUUAACUUGAAAAAAAGCAGCUUUCCAUUGAUUUCGUCUGCUGCUCCGUCUGAGAAGCCUUGGGAGGCCAUAUUUCCCUAUUCAACACACUCUCUGCCGCAGCUCGACAAGUUGUGCUCGGAGUUUUUGGAGUCCGUGACGGAGAAAAGGACAGCAACUGCAGAAUAAAUUAAUCCGAGGAACUAGGUCUCAGUGGUAAGAUAUCUGUCAUUUUUGUGUGGUACCACCUCCUCCUCUGCCUGUAGAGCUUCAAAGGACAAGGCUUGAAGUUUCGUGGAGCAAUAUGGUUCAUAUGGCGCACUUGUGGUCCAUAAUCAGUUGCUGUGUGCAAUUUUCAUUAUGAGGUUGAGGUGACAGAAGAAGAAGAGCCUUUUACGAUAUCCGAGAUUUGUGUUGAGGAUGCUGGAUUGCAUAUGCUUGUUAAUCUGGCAUUAACAAUUUUGUAGAAUUAUGAUGUCAAUAUAAGUUCUUGAAGUUGGAUGAUGUAGAUAAAAGAAAAUAGCAGAUGAGUGCUAGUUUAGAUAAUUCAUAGAACUGUUUGACAGUAAUGAAUGCUAUACCCUUUAAGAUGUUUUGAAGUCAAUGGAGUUUAUCUUAUCGGCUACGAAAAGAGAAAGAAAUGGAAAUUAUGACCAGUUUAGGGGGGAUGUGAUGAUAUUACCCAACUAA